AGACUCGACCUGCGUCGCUUCUGCCGCACCUCGUCUGUCCGAUCCCGCGGGAUAAUCUUGACUCCUCCUCUUAUUCCCCGUCGCCCCGGAUCUCGUGUCGCGCUCUCGCACAGAUUACCUGUGCUUCCGAUCUUCUCUUUCGUGUGUUCUCUUGGACAGUUCACCACCCCUCCGCGAUGGACACCGCCGACGACGCGGUCCUCAAGGGCCCCGCCCCGCGGGGAUGGAAGACAUGGACCACCAAGAAGAAGCUCAUCAUGCUCGGGUCUAUCCUCACCAUCAUCAUCGCGCUGGGAGUCGGACUGGGGGUGGGGCUGGGAGUCGGGCUGGGAGGCAGCAGCGGUGGGGAGGAGGAGGAGGGAGGCGGCGGCGGCGAGACCCCCCCGUCGACGUCCGGCAACUACACCACGGCCAAGUGGCAGCCAGCCGUCGGGACGAGCUGGCAGAUCGUGCUGGAGUAUGCGCUCAACGACACCUCCGUCAACGCGACGGUCUACGACAUCGACCUCUUCAACAACAACCAGUCCGUGAUUGACGAGCUGCACGAUGCCGGCCGCAAGGUCAUCUGCUAUUUCUCCGCCGGGAGCUAUGAGAACUGGCGUCCGGACAAGGACAAGUUCGACUCGGACGAUCUGGGCAAGGACCUGGAGGGCUGGCCCGGUGAGAAGUGGAUCAACAUCAGCUCGCCGCGCAUCCAUCAGAUCAUGCUCGACCGGCUGGAUCUGGCCGUGAACAAGAGCUGCGAUGGAGUCGACCCGGACAACGUCGACGGGUACGACAACAAGAACGGGCUGGGCCUGACGGAGACCGACUCGGUCAACUACGUGAACUGGAUGGCCAACGAGGCGCACGCGCGGAACAUGUCCAUCGGCCUGAAGAACGCGGGCGCGAUCAUCGGCUCGGUGAUCAACAACAUGCAGUGGAGUGUCAACGAACAGUGCGCGCAGUACGAGGAGUGCGAUACCUACGCGGUCUUCACGGAGAAGAGCAAGCCGGUCUUCCACAUCGAGUACCCCAAGGGCGCCGACACCAACAAUGACGAUUCCGUCUCCACGAGCCAGAGGCAGAGUGCAUGCGACUUCACCGACUCGGGCAACUUCUCGACGGUGAUCAAGAACAUGCUCUUGGACAACUGGAUCGAGACCUGUUGAUCUAGCACCGGACUCGGGCCGGGGGGAGGGGGUGAUGAUAUUCUGUGAUCUUGAGUCGUUGAACGAGCAAGGGCGCCAGGAGUUUGGACAGCAUAAUUCUUCCUGUAAUUUAAUUCACUUGCUAUGGUGUAAUAAUGUGGCAAUUCAAUAACGAUCACAUAUUGUUUAUUUACAUGCGAACGAAUCCUUGUC